AUGAAAAUCCUGCAUUUUCUCACUUUACUGCUUUGGCAUUUGACUUGGCUGUCUCUGGAUCUAGUUCCUGGAGCGCUGAGUAAUUCUGAAGCAGGCCAGAGUAAUCCAGGAUCUAAACUAGGUUUUUUAAAAGCAGAAGGAAAAGAGAGGAAUCCCUCAGCACGGGCAGGUACACUGAGGACUGCAAGCCAUGGAUAUAGUACUGGGACCUCAAAGGCUAGGGCUAAAAGCACUGCUGUUCAGGCUGGAGCUGUGCUGGCCAAGAACGAUGAAUCGAAGAAGGUUUUCUCAAGGACAGCAGCCACGGAGGGCAAGGUAGGACACCUCCCCAGCAGACCUUCUGGAGUAAGGACAGUGACUCCAAAGGUUCAAAAUCUUAGCAGCAAGGUGGCUUUGAAAAAAACUGGCACAAGCAGUACUGACACUGAUUCUUUCAAAACCAAAAAGACUAAAGAGCCUGUAACCCAGAGGGAAACUAAGGAAACUUUCAGACAUCCCCCUAUAACGCCACAUGAAUACAUGCUCUCUUUGUACAGGACUCUCUCAGAUGCAGAAAGAAAAGGUGUUAAUGGAAGUGUAAAACUGGAGGCUGGACUUGCCAAUACAAUAACCAGCUUUAUAGACAAAGGACAAGAUGAGCGAGCACCAACUAUAAGAAAACAAAAAUACAUUUUUGACAUCAGUGCAUUAGAAAAAGAUGGUUUGCUGGGAGCAGAACUUCGAAUAUUGAGGAAAAAACCUUCUGAUACGUGGAAGUCUCAUUCUUCUGGAAAAACUUCUCAAGUGAAACUAUUUAGUUGCUCUACAAACAGACAAGCAGCAACACUCCUGGACUCACGUACUGUCAGUAUCACAGAUACACCAAAGUGGGAAGUGUUUGACAUCUGGAAACUUUUCAGAAACUUUAAAAACUUGGUUAACUUGUGUUUUGAGCUGGAAACUUUUGACAGGGGGAGAGCUGUUGAUCUCAGGAGUGUGGGAUUUAAUAGAACAGGAAGACAGGUCAAUGAAAAGGCUCUCUUCCUGGUAUUUGGGAGGACAAAAAAAAGAGACUUAUUCUUCAAUGAAAUCAAAGCUAGAUCCGGCCAAGAUGACAAAACUGUUUAUGAGUACUUAUUCAAUCAGAGGCGGAAGAGAAGAGCUCCUCUAGCAACACGGCAAGGGAAGAGGCCCACUAAGAAUCUGAAGGCAAGGUGUAGCCGAAAAGCCCUCCACGUGAAUUUUAAGGAUAUGGGCUGGGAUGACUGGAUAAUAGCCCCUCUAGAGUAUGAAGCAUAUCACUGCGAAGGGCUUUGUGAAUUCCCCCUUCGGUCCCAUCUGGAGCCCACCAAUCAUGCAGUGAUCCAAACAUUAAUGAACUCAAUGGACCCAGAAUCGACACCCCCAACUUGCUGUGUCCCAACGAGGCUGAGUCCUAUUAGCAUUCUUUUCAUUGACUCUGCAAACAAUGUGGUCUACAAGCAGUAUGAGGACAUGGUAGUGGAGUCAUGUGGUUGUAGGUAGCAGAACAGUUGCUCA